AUGGCGGACUCUGGUGCUAGUAUUAAUGUCCUUGACGAAGAAGACUACCGGAAAUUGCCGAAAAGCGCAAAGUUAGAGCAGUCUGGCGUCAAGAUAUUCGCCUACCAGUCAACAAAUCCCCUACAAGUCCUUGGAAAGUUCACCGCGAUCACGGCGUCUACCACUAAGAAUAUCAGUGCGCGAUUCUACGUGGUCAAAGGAUCGGGCGGCUCACUGUUAAGCUGGAAAACUUCCCAAGAGCUCAAUCUCCUCCAGACGGUGAAGCAAGUAACUGAGAAGACACCCCAAGGCAAGCUGAAGAACUAUCAGAUAAAGCUACACAUCGACGAAAACACACCACCUGUUGCACAGCCGCACAGAAGGGUCCCGUUUCACGUUCGCAAGCAGCUAGGGGAACAGCUACAGCGGGACGAAGAGCUUGGCGUGAUAGAACGCAUCGAAGGCCCUACCACGUCGGGCUAG